AGAAAACCAACUCAAACCUGACAGCUCCAAAACUAAGUGUUUAGCCGUUUUGAACUAUGCGUUGUCUAUUCGUUCCCUUACUUUUCAAAACAUCUCAAACAUACUCCAAAUUAUAAUAUCGAAAUAAGAAAAUUCAGAAGGAGAUGAAGAAGAAGAAGAACAAGCAACCGACGCAGAAGUUAAUGAUGAUCGACGAGUACAAUUACAAAACGUUGUUAUCCGGAUGUUGAGUGAAACUCAUAUACCCUUAUUGUCAAAAUUAUAUGAUGCAAUGAAACAUUUACGAGUGAAAAGGAAAUCAAAAUCAUUAUUAACAUCAUCGUCGUUAUUACAACCCGUUUCAGCUCCUAAUGGUCGAUCAUCAGUUAAAGUCCCAUGGUUUCGCAAUGAUAUAAGUGAUGAAGAAAGUUUAUUAGUAACAGCUAUUAGUGAUAUAUGUCAAUUAGUGGUUAUCCAACCUAGGGUUAUCCAAUCACUACUGGAAUACACUGAAAUAUUUGGGGACUGGAAUUACUUAUGGCCAUUUCUGGUGCCUUGA